UACUUUUCAAAGUUGUUGCAAGAUUUCUUUCCCGUUUACCUUCCAAUCUAUCUCUCUUUCAUCACUGUGAGACUCCGAAUCAUGAAAAAUUCGAUUCCACGAUCGAUUUUUACUUUUCACCACUUCCUUAAUUCUUCUUUAAUUCCGCUCCCUCCGCUCCUUUUUUCAAAUCUCCUCUCUCUCUCAUCCGCCAUGGAACAACAACUCUCUGACAUUGAACAAGUGCUCGAGUUUUUGCGAAAAAAUGGGCUCUCAGACUCCGAAUCUGCACUCAUGGAUGAUAUCCUCGAGAAAUCCCAUCUGGCUUCUUUCGAUUUCCAAAGAUUCCUCUUUCCUCUAGUUCCACCCACUAUUCCAUCGGUUAAAAUUCCUGCUGCUCGCCUUCCUCCCUCUCUGCCACGGCAGACGGUGGAGGAGGUUGAAAGUUCUUCAGAUGACGAGUUUGUCAGCUUGGGUUCUUCUACUACCGAUUUAUGCUCCUCAGAAUUCACAAAUCCAUAUGGAAUAAGAACCACAAGAGGGGUUAGUUCUCAUGCUUCAUCAGAUACAUUAUCCCAAUUUGAUACAGCUCGUGAUUACCAUGAUUUUGACUUGCAAAAUGACCUAAACUGGUAUACAGAGAGAGAUGAAGACUAUUCUAUGCCGCCUUUGUUUGACAAUUCGGAUCCCUUCAGUGGUCCAACUGAGGACAAAUUUGUAACAACUUCAGAAAAAGAUAAUGGGCAACCGUUUCUUGAUCCUAUAUUCGACCCUUUUGAACAAACAAACUAUCUGGAUAAACCCUGGCCUUUGACUUCCAUUGGGUAUGUCAAAGAUGGCGUUAAAGUCACUGAUUAUUAUGAUUUACAUGGAAAGUAUAUUGAGCAGGACCUAAAUGGUGCCACUGUAUAUAACUCAAAUAAAGGAAUUAGCUUUAAAGAUUUUCAAGAAACUGACACAGGGUGUAAAUCAGAUGUGGGUCAAAAAGAUGUUGACUUUAAUGUGAAAAGUGAUUCAGAGGAUAAAAAAGAUCUUGACUUUAAAAAAGGGGAUGCGGAUGCCACCAAUGUUGAUCUUUUAAUGCAUGGGAAUGAAGAUGAAUAUGAAGUAUUUGAUUUAAGAAUUAUACACAGGAAAAACCGGACGGGUUUUGAAGAAAAUAAGGAUUUACCUAUUGUUAUAAACAGUGUGAUUGGCUACAGAUAUUGUGUUACUGAGUAUCUUGGUUCAGCUGCAUUUAGCAAAGUUGUUCAGGCACAUGAUCUUCAAACUGGAAUUGAUGUUUGUUUGAAGAUUAUAAAGAAUGAUAAAGAUUUCUUUGACCAAAGUUUAGAUGAAAUCAAGCUUUUGAAAUUUGUAAACAAGUAUGAUCCGGGGGAUGAACGCCACAUUUUACGCCUUUAUGAUUAUUUCUAUUUUCAGGAGCAUCUUAUAAUUGUAUGUGAGCUUUUACGUGCCAACUUAUAUGAAUAUCAAAAAUACAACAAAGAAUGUGGUGGGGAGCCUUACUUUACAUUGAACAGAUUACAGAUUAUCACAAGGCAAUGUUUGGAAGCAUUGGAGUACUUGCAUGAAUUGGGCAUCAUUCAUUGUGAUUUGAAGCCUGAAAAUAUUCUUAUUAAAAGUUAUAGUAGAUGUGAGAUCAAGGUCAUUGAUCUUGGAAGCAGUUGCUUUCAAAACGAUAAUUUGUCACUAUAUGUGCAAUCUAGAUCAUAUAGGGCUCCUGAGGUCAUUAUCGGAAAUUCAUAUGACCAAAAGAUUGACAUUUGGUCUCUUGGGUGCAUCUUAGCCGAGCUAUCUUCUGGUGAUGUUUUAUUUCCAAAUGAUGCGCUUGUGAUUUUACUUGCACGUGUGAUUGGAAUGCUUGGUCCAAUUGAAAUUGAGAUGUUGGAAAAUGGGCAAGAAACGGAUAAGUAUUUCACAAAAAAAUUUGAUCUUUAUCAAAUAAACGAGGAAACAAAUGAAAUGGAAUACAUAAUCCCACAAGAAACAUCACUUGAAGACCACCUUCAUGUUUCUGAUGAACUAUUUCUUGAUUUUGUGAGGAGUUUGCUUGAGAUUAAUCCCCAAAAAAGACCAACGGCUAGUGAAGCCUUACAACAUCCAUGGCUUCAUUAACCAUUCAGCACCAGACAAUUGUAUAUGAAUCUUGAUUUUGUGAGGAAUUUUCUUGAUUCUGUUUGUUUGUUUAUCUAUUCGUAAUAUGGUAUGGGUUUCUUUUCUCAUAGAAAAAGUUGCCCUGUUUUGGGGAGGGGGUGUUUGUAGGCUGAGGUGCACAUAUAUAUUGAGACCAUUUUGUUUUGCUUCUCUUUGUCCACACAUCAUGUAAAUUCCUUACAAUCACAUAUAUAUACACAUGGUGAAGUUUUAAUACGCA